GCGGCCAUGGGCAAGGACUAUUACCGCACGCUGGGGCUGUCGCGGGGCGCCUCGGCCGCCGACAUCCGCCGCGCGUACCGGCGCCAGGCGCUGCGCUGCCACCCGGACAAGGACCGCUCACCGGGCGCCGAGCAGCGCUUCAAGGAGGUGGCCGAGGCCUACGACGUGCUCAGCGACCCCAAAAAACGGGAGAUCUUCGACAAGUACGGGGAGGAGGGGCUGAAAGGGGGAGCCCCCGCGCCCGGGCCGGGGGGCUCCAACGGGCCCACCUUCACCUACACGUUCCGCGGCGACCCGCACGCCAUGUUCGCCGAGUUCUUCGACGGGCGCAACCCCUUCGACACCUUCUUCGUGCAGCGCAACGGCGACGAUGAGGACGGCGACGAAGGCUUCAACACCUUCCACGUGGGGGGCUUCGGCAGCGUCAGCUUCCCGCGGGGCCGGGCGGGCGAGGGCCGCAAGCAGGACCCGCCCGUGCUGCACGAGCUGCGCGUGUCGCUGGAGGAGAUCUACAGCGGCUGCACCAAGAAGAUGAAGAUCUCCCACAAGCGGCUGGGCCCCGACGGGAAGACGGUGAGGAACGAGGACAAGAUCCUGACCAUCGAGGUGAAGAAAGGGUGGAAGGAGGGCACCAAGAUCACCUUCCCCAAGGAGGGCGACCAGACGCCCAACAACAUCCCGGCCGACGUGGUGUUCGUGCUCAAGGACAAGCCGCACGACGUGUUCUGGCGCGACGGCUCCGACAUCGUCUACCCGGCCAGGAUCAGCCUGCGCGAGGCUCUGUGUGGCUGCACGGUGACCGUCCCCACGCUGGACGGCCGCUCCAUGCCCAUGGUGUUCCAGGACGUGCUCAGGCCGGGCGUCCGGCGCCGCGUCCCGGGCGAGGGGCUGCCGCUGCCGCGCUCGCCAGAGCUGCGCGGGGACCUCGUCAUCGAGUUCGAGGUCAAGUUCCCCGAGCGGAUCCCGCCCGCCCACAAACCCCUCCUGGAGCAGAUCCUGCCCCCAUAGGGGACCCCCAAAACACCCCCGGGGGGUGCGGACUCGGGGGGACCCCCCAAAACAGCCCCGGAGCUGGGGGGGCUCGCUGGGCUCAUCCUCAUCCUCCUCCUCAUUCUCAUCCUCAUCCUCGGGGGGUUUGGGGUGUCCCUGUCCCUGAUCUCAGAGGGGUUUUGGGGUCACCCCACUGUCCUGGGGGUUUUGGGGUCACCCCACUGUCUUGGGGGGUUUUGGGGUGUCCCUGUCCCUGAUCUCAGGGGGGUUUUCGGGUCACC